CUGGAGCAAAGUGAGGCUGGCUGGCUCGCUGGCCUGGCUGUAGUACUUGUUAGUGUCACGGGCGGAGGUGCGCGUUUCGUUCGGCCAGCCGUUUCGGGCAAUCGUGAUUUUCGGCAGCUGCAUCUCGUCGGCGCCGUUUUCGGCGGCUCCCAGUGCUGCGUGAGUGGGUGCCGAACGGACCCGAGUGAGUGUUCAAGUGCCUAGGAGCGAAUUCGGCAUGCGAGGCGGGUGCGUUUGACCAUCUGCGCGGCCCCGACGGCCCGUGCGUCCUCAACACACCGAAUGUUCAAAGGAGCGACUGAUGUCGUGAUCAAGAGCUAAGAGGCUCAAGAUGCAUCCCGCAGACGGGGGGACGCUGCUGCUGGCCGUGCUGGUGGCGGCGGCGUCGCUGGUGACGCGGUGCUCGGCCGGCGACAUCGUGCGCACCUUCACGGACGAGGGCACCGAAAAAUUCAACCACAUGGUCGUGGACAAGAACACGGGCCGCGUGUUUGUCGGCGCCGUCAACAGACUGUACCAGCUGUCGCCCGAGCUGGACCAGGUGAUGAGCGAAAUCACGGGGCCCUUCGAGGACUCGCCCGACUGCUCGGUGCUCGACUGUCCGCCCAACGUUGUCCAGAAGCUCACGGACAACGUCAACAAGGCGCUCGUCAUCGACUACAGCACCACCAGACUCAUCAGCUGCGGCAGUCUAUUUCAGGGCAUUUGCUCAGUGCGCAACUUGCACAACAUUUCGGACGUGCAGAUGAAAGUGAAGGAGGCUGUGGUGGCCAACAACUCAACGGCGUCGACGGUGGCGUUCGUGGCGCCGGGUCCGCCCAACCCGCCGGUCAGCCAGGUGCUUUACGUCGGCGUGACCUACACGGGCAACUCGCCGUACCGGUCAGAGGUGCCGGCCGUGUCCAGCCGCAGUCUGGACCGCGACCGGAUGUUCAUGAUCGCGCAGACGGCCGUGACCACCGGCACUCGCAUGUUCGUCAACUCGCUGGCCCGCGAACGCUACCCCAUCAACUACAUUUACGGCUUCAGUUCCGAGGGCUUCAGCUACUUUCUGACCACCCAGAUGAAGUCGACGUCGCCCUCGCCGACCGUGUUCGGCUCGAAGUUGGUCCGUGUGUGUCAUGACGACGAGAACUACUACUCGUACACGGAGAUCCCCAUCGAGUGCACGGCCAACAACGAAAAGAUCAAUUACAACCUCGUGCAGGCCGCGUACGUCGGCAAGCCCGGCUCCGACCUGGCUUCGGCGCUGGGCAUCACCGCCCAGGACGACGUUUUGUUCGCCGUGUUCGCCGAGAGUGACAAGACGGAGGGCGACACUUCGAUGAAGCCCAGCCAGUCGAGUGCCCUCUGCGUCUACUCGCUCAAGGACGUCCGCAGGAAAUUCAUGACCAACAUCAAGAACUGCUUCAACGGCCAAGGCAGCCGAGGCCUCGACUUCAUCUCGCCCAGCCACCAGUGCAUCCCUACCAAACUGCAAACCAUCGGCGAGGACUUUUGCGGUUUGGACGUGAACACGCCCUUGGGUGGCGAAACGCCGAUGGCCGCGACGGCUGUGCUCUCGUUCGGCGUGCACCUGACGGCCGUGGCCGCCACGUCCACCGGCGACUUCACCGUCGUCUUCAUCGGCACCUCAGACGGCCACUUGAAAAAGGUGGCGGUCGAGUCUAGCGAGUCUGCGCUUGAGUAUGGCGACAUCGCGGUGGACGAGGGUUCCCUGGUGAACGCCGACCUCCACUUUGACUCGAAACUGACGCACCUCUACGUGAUGAGCGAAAAGAAGGUGUCCAAGGUCAAAGUGCAGGAGUGCAGCGUCUACAAAACGUGCUGGGAUUGCCUGAACGCCAAGGACCCCUAUUGUGGCUGGUGCUCCCUCGAAAACAAGUGCAGCCUUAGAAGCGACUGCCAAGAUGCGGCCAAAGACCCUCUGUACUGGAUCCCAUACAAGAGUGGUCGGUGCACAACCAUCACGUCCGUCUCUCCUAACCAACUUCAGAGAACGACUGCUAGAACGCUGGACCUUGUGAUUGAAAACCUGCCAACUCUGAGUGGACAGUUUUUGUGCGCCUUUUCCGCCCUGGACAAAACUCUGAUAACUAAUGCGACCAGAAAGUCGUAUGGCGUCAACUGCACCACACCUCGGACUGACCUGCUGCCCUCCAUUCCUCAAGGACAACAUCACUUCAUGGCAAAGUUGUCUGUCCGCAUGACCUCUGGGCCGGACUUUGUGGCAACCAAUUUCACCUUCUUCGAUUGCAACACUUACAGUUCUUGCACCCAGUGUGUUUCGUCGUCCUUUCCAUGUGACUGGUGUGUUGAUGGGCAUAGAUGCACACAUGACACUGCCGAGAAUUGCAGGAAUGACAUUCUGGUCACCGGAGUUAGCAGGAUUGGUCCAAGCUACAGAAGUGGACCAGGAUUUUGCCCGACAAUAAAUGCCACCGCAGGCGCAUCAACUGAGAUUUUAGUUGCGUCUGGGAUCAAGAAAAGCAUUAGGGUCAAAGUUCACAUAAUUGGGCAAUUCAUCGUGCAAACUCGAUUUGUGUGUCAGUUCAACAUAGAAGGUCGGGUGACCUCAGUAAAUGCCAACCUUCUUGCCGACACCAUUUAUUGUGACCCUAUGGAAUUCUCUUACACUUCAAGGGCCCCAAACAUCACAGCCACGUUUGCAGUGAUUUGGGGUGGCUCGAAACCGUUGGACAACCCUGACAACAUGCAUGUGGUCAUCUACAGAUGUAGAGACAUGGCCGACAACUGUGGCAUGUGUCUGGCCCUGGCUGAGAAGUACGGCUGCGGGUGGUGCCAAAGUUCGGACCGGUGCGAAGUCCGAGAGCAGUGUGACCGUGGCUCUGGUGUUUGGCUGAACCGCAACCAGACGUGCCCCAACCCUGAAGUGCAUACUUUCGAACCAGCUCUCGGACCCUGGGAAGGUGGCACCAACAUCACCAUCAAAGGAAUCAACCUGGGCAAGACAUUUAUGGACAUAUACAGUGGUGUCACAGUUUCUGGCAUGACAUGCGAACCUUACAAGGAGCUCUACCUCAAGACCAAGCAGAUUGUCUGCCAGGUCGACGGCCCUGGGACCAAUGAGCACCGUAAGGGCCCUGUAAUUGUCAAGGUUGAAGACUUCAGAGGCGAGUCAAAGCAAAACUACGAAUUUGUUGAUCCGGUCAUAGAGUCCAUCAAUCCAAAGUUUGGUCCAAGGUCAGGAGGCACCAAGCUCAAGAUAACCGGCCAAUUUAUGAACGCAGGAAGCAAAAUUCAAGCCUUCAUUAACGACCUGCCUUGUGAGAUAAUCAGGACUGAUUCAAGGGAGGCCGAGUGUAUCAGCAGUGCUUCUGACCGGCAGCGAAGUGGAAAGCUGAGGAUGAAAUUUGACAAGGGUGACAGAUUUUUUGACAAAGAGCUUUUUGAGUAUGUCGAGGACCCCACUAUUGAAUAUGUUGAAUCAGGAGUUGCAAGCCAGGACAAGGUUCCAAAGGGAAUUCCUGCCGGAGGAAUAAAAGUAUCUGUGUCGGGAAGGAACCUGGCUUACAUCCAGUCACCAGAGAUGUACGUCUACUACGACAAUAAAAAAUUCACAAGCCCUUGUGUGGUUUUGAGCAACUCGAACAUGGCCUGCAAAUCGCCAAAAAUAGAAUUUGAAGGAAAGGAGCCUGACCUUGAGCCUCCAAAAGGUCUUGUCUACGGCUUCCACAUGGACAACGUGGUGGGUGUGCAAAAUCUGUCAAACCAGAAUGGCUACAGCCGCUUCUUCCUGUACCCUAAUCCUGUCUACGAGUCUUUCGAUGAGGAUGUUAAGUACUACAAGAGCGACUACCUCACUAUCAAUGGGCAUCAUUUGGACCGAGCUUGUCAGGAAUCUGACGUUAGGGUUGAAAUAGGAGACAGCGUUUGCAAUGUGACCUCUCUUUCAAGACAGCAACUUACUUGCCGCCCACCUACCUCUCAGCCACCUGCCAAAGGUCUAAACGGUCGAUCUGAUCCAAAUGAACUUCCCGAAGUUGUGGUGAUUGUCGGAGGCUCCCUUAUCUUCAACAUUGGAAAGCUGAGCUACGCCCCGACCUCUGGGAUCGACCCUGCCAUCUCUAAGCAAGUCAUCAUUGGCAUCAGUGUGAUCGGAAUCAUCCUGACCUUCAUCUGCAUUGUCUUCUCCGUGUUGUACCGCAGAAAGUCAACCGAGAGCAACCGUGUUCUCAAGAACAUGCAGGAACAGAUGGACAUAUUGGAACUGCGAGUGGCCGCUGAAUGCAAGGAGGCGUUUGCCGAACUGCAGACAGAGAUGACCGACUUGACAGGUGACCUGACCUCUGGCGGCAUUCCAUUCUUAGACUACCGCACCUACGCCAUGAAGAUACUUUUCCCGAACAUGGACGACCAUGCUGUUCUCUCAAUGGACAGACCUGAACUCAUCAGAAAGGAGAAAGGUCUCAGGCUGUUCGGUCAGCUCAUCAUGAACAAGACUUUCUUGCUGCUUUUCAUCCGAACUCUCGAAAGCAAUCGAUACUUCUCAAUGAGAGACAGGGUAAAUGUGGCUUCGCUCAUAAUGGUGACUCUGCAAGGCAGGAUGGAGUACUGCACAGACAUUCUAAAAACUCUGCUGGCAGAGUUGAUCGAAAAAUGCAUGGAGGGCAAGAGCCACCCGAAACUUUUGCUCAGAAGAACUGAGAGUGUCGCCGAGAAGAUGCUGUCUGCGUGGUUCACCUUCCUGCUGUACAAAUUCCUGCGUGAGUGCGCUGGAGAGCCUUUGUUCUUGUUGUUCCGAGCCAUCAAGUACCAGGUGGAGAAGGGCCCUGUGGACGCCAUCACAAGUGAGGCGCGCUACUCCUUGAGUGAGGAGAAGCUCAUCAGGCAGUCCAUUGACUUCAAGCCAAUGACAGUCUACGUGUCCAUCUCGCAGCAGACCGUCAUCAUGGGCAUGCAUGACCCUAACACAGAGAACACUCCUGUCAAGGUUCUCGACUGCGACACAAUUGCGCAGGUCAAGGAAAAGGCCCUUGACACCAUCUACAGGGCUGUCCAGUACAGCCAGCGACCCAGAAAGGAAGAUCUCGAUCUAGAGUGGAGAACAGGCACAUCUGGUCGCCUGUUGCUGUACGAUGAAGACUCGACCACCAAGGUCGAGAGUGAGUGGAAGAAGAGAAACACACUCAACCACUACAGGGUGCCGGACAAUGCCCAGCUGAAUCUAGUCCCCAAGUCGUCGUCAAUGUACAACCUGUCCAUCCUGCCCGACAAAUACGACAAGUCCCACAAGUACGAGACCCUCAACGUCUCAAAGUUCAGCUCAGCGAGUCCCCCACUCAGCCGGGCUACUUCACCACUCAAUCAUGACAAUGAUGGUGGAAUGAAGGCGUGGCAUUUGGUGAAGCAUCACGACAACGACGCGCAAAAAGAGGGUGAGCGAGGCAACAAGAUGGUGUCCGAGAUCUACCUGACGAGACUGCUGGCCACUAAGGGCACUUUGCAGAAGUUCGUCGACGACCUGUUCGAGACGAUCUUUAGCACGGCGCACCGUGGCAGCGCCUUGCCACUCGCCAUCAAGUACAUGUUUGACUUUUUGGAUGACCAGGCGCUGCAGCACGGCAUCUCGGACGCCGAGGUGGUGCACACGUGGAAGAGCAACAGCUUGCCGCUCAGGUUCUGGGUCAACCUGAUCAAGAAUCCAAACUUUGUGUUCGACAUCCACAAGUCGAACAUCGUCGACUCCUGCCUCUCGGUCGUGGCGCAGACCUUCAUGGACUCGUGCUCAACAUCCGAACACAGAUUAGGCAAGGAUUCGCCCAGCUCAAAGUUACUCUACGCCAAGGACAUUCCUCAGUACAAGGAGUGGGUUGACCGGUACUACAAGGACAUUCACUCUAUGUGUGCCAUAUCCGAUCAGGAUAUGAAUGCCAUGUUGGCCGAAGAAUCUAGGCUGCACUCAAAGGAGUUCAACGUCAACUGCGCCCUGCACGAGUUGUACACUUACGCGUACAAAUACAACGAGCAGUUAACAGUGACUCUCGAGGAGGACGAAUUCUCCCAAAAGCAAAGACUUGCCUACAAACUGGAACAAGUGCAUAAUAUCAUGGAGUCCGAAUCCAACCCGUAACAGCAAGCGCGUGUGUCUGCGAGUGCGUGUGUGUCCGUGUCGAUGUGCUAAAUUCUAUGUACAUAUCUACGACAACUUAAGAUAAAAACCACUGAAGCAGCAAAACGAUUAAAAGAAGAAGAAAAUCCAUUCAUGGAUGCAAGGAGGGAGUUGGAACCUGCUUUUCCUUGAUUCUGUCUGUCUGUCAGCAAUAACUCGCACACCUACGACAAGAUAUACUCCCCAUUUGGUUGGUUUUCCUAAGAAAAAAAAACUCAUUCACUCACAGUCAAUGUUGUUGUAGCAAGAUCCUUCACAUGCUUAAUCAAAUUAUUAUUGAUUGUACAUGAAAAGAAAAAAAUUUUGCUCAAAUUAUUGGGAUAAUGCCCCCGUUCUUCUGUUCAGACGUUCUCGUUUUUUUGUGCCAACACCAUUUUUAAGCGGUCUGAUAACUAAUAACUUUGGUGCAAAUCAUUUUUUAUUUCGAAAAUUGGCAGCUCCAAUUAUCAUUUCCGAUGUACAAUUUACUCAAAUUGAUUAAUUUGCAUUUAUCCAAUGCUGUUAUUUUCCUGUGCAAUUUUUGUUUUUAAGAGAUUUUAUGAAGAAAUUGUAAUACUUGUCAAAUAGGCCUACUGUAUCAUAAGGUAGUUUUUUUUCACAAAAUCGAAGAGUGAGAUGAAAGAAUCGAAGAACAGCUGCUUUUUUACUCUCACGGGUGCUCCGCCAACUAUUUUACGAAUUCAAUAUUUUUUCGUGUCACUUUUUAUACUCCGUGCCAAUUUUUGACCCCAAGUGCACAAACAGAAAAAUUUGUCGUCCCCUUGUGUACUUAGGCAUUUGUGUUUAUUUUUUUUUUAACCUGUUUCCCUUAUUCAAAAUAUUUUUGUUUUCUUUGUAAAAUAACGUGAGACUGGAAACACACUAAACCGCUUUCUUUCUUUUUGAUAGUUGGCUGAUGAAUUUUAAAUUACGGUGUCCAUCGAUGGCUUAAAUGUUUGCUGUGUAAAUUUAAACUGGAAAAAAAUAAGAAGUAAGAAAAAGAGACGUUCGUGUGGAGCAAGUGGAAAUUUUUAAAAUGUACUUUCGAGUGUGCCAUGCAUGAAAAACGUUAAUAAGGGACAAAUGCAAAUGAGGAAGCACUUGGUCUUCUCCGAUUUGAUUAUAAAAUAAUCUCUCUGUCCAAUGUCAAUGAAUGAAUAAUAGCAAGAAAAAAAAAUACACAUACACACAGAUUACC